AUGGCGGCGCGGGCGCCCCCUCCCCCGCCUCGGCGGGGCUGCGCUCAGCAGACAGAAAUAGCAGCCCCCGCCCAGCCCGGCGGCGCCGCCGCGCUCACCCCCAGCACCGGCUUGCACACCCCGAAAGACGGGGAGCUCACCACCUAUGACCGGACUACUCCUCCCUAUGGCUCCCAUGGGUACCACCUCUACCCUCUGGGCCCCUCGGCCUGCCCGCGUGGCAAGGGCAUGGUAUCCAAGAGUCUCACGUCCUCGCCUGAGCCUGUGGCCCUCACUGAAUCAGAGACAGAGUACGUUGUCUGCUGCACCAAACACACCUUCACUGACCACAUGGUGUUCCAGUUUGACUGCACGAACACACUCAACGACCAGACCUUGGAGAAUGUCACGGUGCAGAUGGAGCCCACUGAGGCCUACGAGGUGCUCUGUUACGUGCCUGCCCGGAACCUUCCCUACAACCAGCCUGGGACCUGCUACACACUGGUGGCACUGCCCAAGGAAGACGCCACAGCUGUGGCCUGCACGUUCAGCUGCAUGAUGAAGUUCACUGUCAAGGACCGCGACCCCACCACUGGGGAGACCGCUGACGAUGGCUAUGAGGAUGAAUAUGUGCUGGAAGACCUGGAAGUCGCUGUAGCUGACCACAUCCAGAAGGUCAUGAAGCUGAACUUCGAAGCAGCCUGGGAUGAGGUAGGAGAUGAGUUCGAGAAGGAGGAAACAUUCACCUUGUCGACCAUCAAGACACUUGAAGAGGCUGUGGGCAAUAUUGUGAAAUUCCUGGGAAUGCACCCUUGUGAGAGGUCGGACAAAGUGCCGGAUAACAAGAACACCCACACGCUGCUCCUGGCUGGUGUGUUCCGGGGUGGUCAUGACAUCCUGGUGCGCUCCGGGCCGCUGCUUUUGGAUACAGUAACAAUGCAGGUGACAGCCAGAUGUUCGGAGGAGCUGCCAGUAGACAUCAUCUUGGCGUCUGUUGGCUGAGGCCAGCCUGCAUAGGCCCUGCUCCUACCCUUUUCCCCCCAGCACUACGCAGA